UUGGGAGACUCUGUGCCAAAUAGGUGGGUUCAGCCCGGUGCUGGCACACUUUUGGGGCGAUGGUUAGGAAAAGAACGUAGAGAGAGAGCGAGUCGGGAGAGAAAAAAAAGGGAGAAAGGGAAGCAUCGGUCGGGUUUGCCAGCGACUCUCUCGCACGCUCUUCCAACAGCGAUUCGGUUCUCUGUUGUUUUUUUUUUUUUUGCUCUUUGCUUCGCUUCCUCGCUACCCCCCUCCUUGCUGUUGUUCUCUCUCUCUCUUUUUCUGUGUCUCUCUAUCCUUCUCUCUCUCUCUAUCUCUCUCUCUCUCUCUCUCUCUCUCAAUAUCCUCGAACGCAGAGCGUACAGAUCUGAACAGACGUCACUUGCCAUUUUGCCAAACGAUUUUUCUUAUCUAACACUUUUUUGUGAUUAUAUUCUUCACUCCACAUUUUUGCACACAGUCUUUUCUGUGUCUGAGCUAGCAACAUAUAAACUUUUUUUUUUUUCAUGCUUUUCUUUUGUUGUUUAGCAUAUUGAUAUUUUUUUGGCUCUUACCCUCCUUUAACACAUUUACUCACAGCAAAAUUAGCUUGGCAUUUCUUUUUCUCGACUCCCGUUUUUCUCUCUUAGUCUAACGACAUUUAUUUCUCCGGGUAGCGAGAAUUAGGAUAUGCGCUAUUGACUAAAACAAGGAGAGGACCUGUUCUACUAUUUUAUUUUAUUUUUGUUUGUUUGUUUAUGCUGAAGUUAAUGAUGAAAGUGCAAAAUGGAUGAGUUCCACCCGUUCAUCGAGGCGCUCCUGCCACACGUGCGUGCCUUCUCCUACACCUGGUUUAACCUGCAGGCACGCAAGCGCAAGUACUUCAAGAAGCACGAGAAGCGCAUGUCCAAGGACGAGGAGCGCGCCGUGAAGGAUGAGCUGCUUGGAGAAAAGCCUGAGAUCAAGCAGAAGUGGGCGUCGCGGCUCCUCGCCAAGCUGCGCAAGGACAUCCGGCCCGAGUUCCGCGAAGACUUCGUGCUCAGCGUGACGGGCAAGAAGCCUCCGUGUUGUGUGCUCUCCAACCCGGACCAGAAAGGCAAGAUGAGACGCAUCGACUGCCUGAGGCAGGCCGACAAGGUGUGGAGGCUCGACCUGGUCAUGGUGAUCCUGUUUAAAGGCAGCCCGCUGGAGAGCACGGACGGAGAGAGGCUCGUCAAAUCUCCACAGUGCUCCAACCACACCCUGUGUGUGCAGCCACACCACAUCGGCGUCUCGGUCAAAGAGCUCGACCUCUACCUGGCCUACUUCGUCCACUUGCCAGAAUCAGGACAAUCAGACAGUUCGAGCCAGCAGGCGGACUCAGACAUCAAACCCCCACCAAAUGGGCAUUUGAACUUCCAGGACUGCUUCGUCACGUCAGGGGUUUGGAACGCGGCCGAGCUCGUACGAGUCUCACAGACUCCUGUUGCCUCAGCCUCGGGUCCUAACUUUUCAUUGGCCGACCUGGAAAACCCCAGUUACUACAACAUCAACCAAGUAGCACUGGGCCGACGCUCACUGACAUCACCACCGUCUACUAGGGCUGAGGUGGAGUUGUACGCGAGUCUUCCUCGGAGCUCCACUAAGCGUAAGUCUAUAGAUGACAGUGAGAUGGACAGCCCAGUAGACGAUGUGUUCUAUCCCACGCGCUCCCCUGCUGGAACCAGCUCACAGUCCAGUGGUUGGCCUAGUGAUGUGGAUGCAGUGCAGCACCACUUGGCCAGCGUUCAGGAGAGGAAGAUAAAACAUGAAAACGAUGGCGUGCAGUUCCCUUACCAUGGGCUGUCCUCUCCCGGGUCUCUAAAGAAGCCGUCGGGGAAAUUCGAUUUCGGCGCCCUGUCGGCUCAGACGAGGUCACCCCGCAUGGCCUUCACACACCACCCGCUGCCCAUGCUGGCGGGAGUGAGACCAGGAAGUCCCAGAGCCUCAGCCUCCGCUCUCCAUUUCCCGUCUCCCUCCAUCAUCCAGCAGUCCAGCCCGUACUUCACCCACCCCACCAUCCGCUACCACCAUCACCAGGACCCGCUAAAGGAGUUUGUCCAGUUCGUCUGCUCCGACGGUACGGCCCAGCCCGGUGCGCAGCCUAACGGGAGCGGUCAGAGCAAAAUGGCCGGCUCUUUCCUGUUUCCUCCGCCUCCUCCGGUGGCACGGCCGGUGCCCCUCCCCAUGCCCGAGCCCAAACCCAGCCACACACACCCCGACGGGGGACUCGGCUCACCCUCAUCGCCCUCAUACUCCUCGCCAAGCUCCACAGCUCCCAACAGGUUUGUCGGCAUCGGAGCACGGGACAACUUUCUAAACAUCCCACAGCAGACACAGUCUUGGUUUCUUUGACAAGAUCCAUCUGAAACACACAGAUACAAAGUCUGUAGCUGAAACAUGAAACACAAAGCUAGGUACGGACCGCUAUGAGCUAAUCACUCCCAAUCCCCCUCUCCAUCCCGGAUCCACUCUGAUAGACCUGCGAGCAUUCUGAAACCUUCACCAUCAGCCCUCCAACCGGGAAUCUGGAAAUCUUCCACAGGAGUCCUCAAAAACUGCAUGGUUCUGCAAAUCUAAAACUGGAAAAAGACAAGAAAAAAAAAAACAACUAGUAAAACGGCAACACGGGAAAAAGCGGGAGUUAUGAAUUCCAUCCUGGAUGAAGAAGAGAUUUGAUUAUUUCGUUAGAAGAAGACUUUUUGUUGGUUUGUAAUCAAGAUGACCAGAGUAUUGACCAAUCUUUUUCAUCCUUUUCCUUUUAUUCAGUUGUUUUACAUCAUCCACCGAUCGUACCGCCAGGCCGAAGCGUUCUGCUUUCACUCCGUCACCGCUUGUUAAACAGUUUCCACAACUUAUGAUGUUGCACUUCAUUAUCGGACCUGUCUUAAGCAUCCGAUUGGACAAGAACUUACAAAAGACUCCCCAGCACCCUGCGCUUCGGAUCGGCUCGUCGUGACGAUUUCCAAAUCGCGGGUGUGUCCCAAACAUUGGAAUAGCACUUAAAAAUGGUCUGAAAAUUUCGCUCACGUCAAAUCCUAGUACAUCAUAGAAAUCGUAGUAUAUUUAACCGAUUUUACAUGAUAUCAUGUGUGUGUGUGUGUAAUAUGUGUGUGUGUGUGUUUGUGUGUGUGUGUGUUAUCUCCAUAGCGUGACAUUUCAACACUGAAAAAACAAAACAAACGAAAACCUGUUCACUAAUGUUCGUAAACACAACACAGCCCCGUCCCGCCCACCAGCCUGCUCUGACCAAUCGUACGACAGCUACCGAUCGAGGAGGACGAACUCUAGCACAUGUUUUCUCUACAAACACGUGAAACCAGCCGCGGCAUCUUUGCUACGUGAAAUUUAACACACUCUGGUCAGGACCACACACGAGUUAAACCGAACCGGUUGAGGGAGGAAAAAAGCGAACAUAAGAACACACAGACACAAGAACAGGGGGAAAAAAGCUGACCACUAAUGAGCAUCAGCAUGAGCGAGAGAACAGGA